UGUAUUUACUUUUUAGACGAUUAUUUACCAACACUUGUAAAAAUUAUAGCAGGAUAUGGAGUAAUUGAAACAUGUCCUAAAAUUUGUGGUUAUUUAAAUAAAACUGUAGAAAUUGAUAUUUGUGAAUCACUUUGCGAUUUAGUUGGUGUCGAUGAAUUUUGGAAAAUUUUUGUCUUAAAUGAUAUAAAUCCAUUUUAUGCAUGUCAAUUAAUUACAGCAUGUGAUACACCAAAGAAUCCAGCAGCAAACUUUUUAACAAUUGGGGUUUCUCCACAAGUUGGAAUUUCAGGUGAUAGUUUUACUAUUGAUUUAUCAAUACAGGUUGUAAACUCUACAGGACCAGGUCAAUUUGCAUUAAUUAUUUAUUACACAAAAAAUCAAUCAAAGUAUAUGACAUUCCAAUUAUUCGAAGGUUAUACACCAGGUUUAUAUAAAACAAAUUUUGAUUUCGAAACUUCAAAAAAUUCAACAUUUACAAAUGGUAUUUAUCCAGUUACUGUUAUUAUGUGUGCAGGACAAUGUGGUACUAUGUAUAGCUCAAUUUUAAAUCAAACCACCACACAGUUUACUAUUAACAAUCCAACUGAAUCACCAUCACCAACUCAUUCACCAACACCAACACCAUCA